AUGUCACAACGAUUCGCAUUUGUUAGUAAUGCUCAAUCGACUCCAUCUAAACAUUGCCCUGUAUGCAAUUUCACAGGGCGUGGAUGGCAAAAAUUUCCAAAACCUUCAACAUGUGGUAAAGUAUCAGCCGGAUUACUUGCUUUUUGCUGCUGUUGUUGCUUACCUUUUUGUUGUGAUUGUUCAAUCAAAUGGGAGUGGAUGUGUCCAGCUUGCCACCAUCUACAUUCAGAGGAUGAUGUUGGGAGUGAUGAAGCUUUGUAA